AUGCGACUCUAUCUCCUCCCUAUCUCAACCCGGCGCACCCUCCUCUACUGCCAGCGCCUCAAUACGCCCGCCGCAGCCGAAUCCCAAACCACCUGGGCCGACAAGAUCCAAGCCAAGGCGGCGCGGACGUGGUCGGGCUGGGAGAAGCGUGACCGCGGUUGGCAAAAGGCGGUCGUCAGCUACGGCAACUACCUGCUGCGGCGCAUCCCCUACGAGGAAUGGGGUCUCAAGAGCGUGCCGCCACUCUCCCAGCGACGACGCGAGGUUGAGCUCGAUGGGAGCGAGAAGGUCGAGGUGAUUUAUCCGCAGAGUUUGCUGAGCAGGGAGAGGAUACCGAGGAUUAUCGGGCAGCUAGCUACGGAGAGAGAGGCGCUGCAUAAGGCGCGGCUGAUUUGGUGUCUUGUGGGGGUGCCGAUUACAAUUCCCAUUGGGUUGAUUCCUUUAGUACCCAACCUCCCCUUCUUCUACCUAGCCUACCGCGCCUGGUCGCACUGGCGCGCCCUCUCCGGAGGAAAGCACCUUCAGUUCCUCGUGAACAAUAACCUCUUGCACCUCUCGCCCAGCCCCGUGGUCGACGAGGUGUACGCCAACCGCCCCCAAGAGUCCAACCCAACACCUCUAGCAUCCAGCCCUGAGCCAACCACCUCCAGCCCGAGCUCCAUGGAGCCCGUCAUCGAACCCUCGUCCUAUGAGAAGGGACCGCAGAUAGGGGCGAGGGAAGUGGGACAGGCGGAGACGAUGCUGCUGACGCAGGAGAAGGGCAAGAAGAUGACGCAGGCGCUGGAUCUGCCGCAGCUGGAAGUCGAGCUGGAGCGGGCGAUCUGGCAAGUUGAGACGGCGAUUCGGAAGAGGAGCGCCGAGGUUGCGGGGGCCGCGGCCGCGGCGGAGAAUGUGAGAAGGGCAGAGGUGUUGGAUGAGAAGAAAGGGGAGUGA